AUAUAAAGCAGUUCUCCAGUGGGUUCGUGCUCUUCAGACGCGCGCAGCCUCCAGUGAUGAGCGCAGCUCCCGCAUCUCCACAGUGGUGAUUGACCCGUGCAGGGCUGACGGAUCGCGCGCACUGUAUGAUGGCCAUCCAUGUGGAAGGACUGCUGGCCAUCAUCAUCUUCUACCUGCUCAUCUUAGCUGUCGGGAUCUGGGCGGCCUGGAAGAACAAGAACUCUGGGAUCUCAGCAGGAACAGACCGCAGCGAAUCCAUCAUGGUCGGAGGAAGAGACAUCGGCCUGUUCGUGGGAGGAUUCACGAUGACCGCCACGUGGGUCGGCGGCGGCUACAUCAACGGCACGGCGGAGUCCGUGUAUCUUCCCGGCUCUGGCUUGGCUUGGGCUCAGGCUCCGUUCGGAUACGCUCUCAGUCUGGUCGUGGGCGGGCUGUUCUUCGCCAAGCCCAUGCGCUCCCGAGGAUACGUGACCAUGCUGGACCCGUUCCAGCAGCUGUACGGGAAGAGGAUGGGCGGCCUGCUCUUCAUCCCUGCUCUACUGGGAGAGAUGUUCUGGUCCGCGGCCAUCCUGUCAGCCCUGGGUGCGACGCUCAGCGUGAUCGUAGACAUCAACAUCAACAUGUCGGUCAUGAUCUCGGCCCUGAUCGCGGUCUUCUACACGCUGGUGGGAGGACUGUACUCUGUGGCGUACACCGAUGUCGUCCAGCUCUUCUGCAUUUUUCUAGGUUUGUGGAUCAGUGUGCCGUUCGCUCUGUCCAGUCCUGCUGUGUCCGACAUCAGUGUGACCGCCGUCACCGCAGUGUUUCAGCCUCCGUGGCUGGGCGAGAUCGACCCGUCCGACGGCUGGAUAUGGGCCGAUAACUUCUGCCUUCUCAUGCUGGGUGGGAUCCCGUGGCAGGUGUAUUUCCAGCGGGUUCUCUCGGCCUCCUCGGCUAGUUAUGCUCAAUUCCUGUCGUUCCUGGCCGCUUUCGGCUGUCUCGUCAUGGCCGUCCCUUCCGUCCUGAUCGGAGCCAUCGGAGCCUCCACAGACUGGAACCAGACGUCGUACGGACCGAUUCCUCCGGUGGAGAAGGACGAGUCGGACAUGAUUCUGCCCAUCGUGCUCCAGCACCUCUGCCCGUCUUUCGUCUCUUUCUUCGGUCUGGGCGCCGUCUCCGCCGCGGUCAUGUCGUCCGCCGACUCCUCCAUCCUCUCCGCUAGUUCCAUGUUCGCACGGAAUAUUUACCAGCUCGCUUUCCGUCAGUCGGCGUCGGACCGAGAGAUCGUGUGGGUGAUGAGGAUCACCAUCUUUGUGUUCGGAGCGCUGGCCACCACUAUGGCCCUGCUGACGGGCUCAGUGUACGGCCUGUGGUACCUGAGCUCAGACCUGGUGUACGUCAUCAUCUUCCCUCAGCUGCUCUGCGUGCUGUUCGUCAAGGGCACCAACACCUACGGGUCUGUGGCCGGGUACGUCUUCGGCCUGCUGCUGCGGGUCGGCGGAGGGGAGCCGUACCUCCGGCUGCCUCCGUUCAUCUACUAUCCCGGCUGGCAGCCGCGGGAGAAGCAGCACCGUCUGACGCAGGAGGUGGAGCGAUACGUGGAGCAGAGGUUCCCCUACAAGACGGUUUCCAUGCUCGCUUCGCUUCUGAGCAACGUCGCCUUCUCCUAUCUGGCCAAAUAUCUGUUUGAAAGUGGCACUCUCUCACCCAAGUAUGACUUCCUGGACGCGGUGGUUUCCAAACACAGCAAGGAGACGAUGGACAAGACGACGCUCGUCACCCACGACAACAUCCUUCUGUCAGAACUGGCCGCUGUGAAGCCGAGGCACGGAAGCUCUCUUGCGGGAACGUUCAUAAACACGGACGUCCUGAUGGACGAGGACACCGUCAGCCCAGACGCCAACAAUCAGCACCUGUAGAGAGACUACUGAAGACGAAAUCAGCACUCCCUGGACAGAAGAGGGGAAACUGUGCAAUAUUAGUGGAGACGGAACAAGUAGUGCAUUUAUCAUUAUGUGAUGUGACCUUUUGAUGGUAUGUAUGAAACAAGCUUACGUUUACUCCCUUUUUUCUGCUCAGAAUACAACUGUUAUAGAGCAAUACAAUUUUAAAAGUGUCAGCUACUGUAUUUAAUCUUGUUUUGAGGAAAUGGUUGAUGGUUACUCGUCCUCAUGUCUUGUAUUUGCGUACAGUGAAAGCAAAAACAGUGGCUGUCAGGCUCCAAACAUGAUAGAAAAGUAGUCAUCAUGACACACGCACUAUAUCCCAAGUUGAUCCUGCUUUAUAUUAGCUGUAUUUAAAGUGCCCCUUUUAUGCUUUUCCAGAUAUUCCUUUUCAUGUAGUGUGUAAAGCUGUUUGUGAAUGUAAAAGCUCUGCAAAGUUUCACAGAUAGAAGUGAGAAAAAAAAAGAAGUGAUUCUGAACGGAAACGAGUCGUCAGUAAUUCAGUCUCACUUCCUGCUGAACCUAUGUAGGUUUGAACUAAUUUGCAUAAUGCCCACCUCUGGUCUUGAUUGGCUGAACAGCAUCUCUUUGCCCCGCCCUCAAUCACUGUAGUUGUAUCUGAGACUGGAAGAGUUUGGUUCGUGUUGUUCAUGUCGAGAAGACGCUGUUUUCUGCUGCCAAAGCAAAUCCACUUUGAUGAGAUUGAAACAGUAAAACCGACACCAUCGUUACUUUUCGUAUCACUGUGAAUCAAGAGCUGAGAUUCAGAUAUGAUAAUGAGUGUUUGGUUUCUGACCAGUCACAGCAGAGCAGCUCUCAGAAAGGCGGGGUUUAGAGAGACCGAAUCCUUGAUCAAAGCGUUUCAGACACUGAGAGAAAAGAGCUGAUGCUGCAGUGGAUAUUAUGAGAAAAUUAAAGUGUUUUUGACCUUGAAUGAAUGUGAACCUGUUGUAGGAGAUGAGAAACAACAUUAGGAACCUCUUAAGUAGCAUCAUAGGAGCACUUUAACUACUAUGCAAUUACAUAAUAAAACUAAGCAUUUGAUCCACUGUUCUUAUUUAUACACGUUUUUCUGUGAAUCACAUUUGCUGCUAUUGAGGUUGAGAUUGGGUGAAGGUUUAACUGUGUGGUUACAUGAAGUAUAGUGCAAAAACAUGUAUUUACACUAAAAGUAUAUUGUCUAAGUAUAUAGACCCCUAAUAUAAAGUGGAUUUCACAUGUCUUCUGUCUUUGUUUGUUGAAGUCAAAGAUAUUGCAAGACUCUACUACUAAUCUUGUUUUUUACAUUUUUGGAGCUUGACAGCGUCUGUCUCUAUUUAACUUUCAUUGCAUAAAAAAUGAAAAUUUUAACAUUCUGUUUUAUUUACAUGAGGGCGAGUAAAUGAUGACAGCAUUUUUAAAUAUUGAUGGAUACUUUUCGUUAGUUAUUGUGGCUGAUUCAUUCUGUGAAUGAAUCAGAUGUUUGUGUGUGUGAAUGACCUGUGUCUGUGCUGCGUCUCUGUUAAUUACUUACAAAGCAUCAGCUUCACCACCUCAUUGCUGAGAAAUAUGUAGCUUUUAGUGAUAAAGUCACAGUGGCAGCCUUGACAACAGUAUGUAUAUAGAUAUAUAUAAAACUAAUGAAAAGUUUGAUUUAUGUACAGUAGUCUGCCAGCACGGCACAAGCUGAUAGGUCGUCUCACUGUAAUCUGUCAGCCAAUGAGCUUGAUUUAGUCUCGCUCCAGUGUUUGCUGAAGCUGCAGUGUGCUAUCAGGAUCUUCUCUCUGAAUGAUGGAUCAGUACGCGUGGACCUACACUGAAACCUGUUUGUAACUAGGUAAACCCUAGCUAAAGUGUUCAGACACUCAUAGCAGGUGAUUAUUUUGAAUAAACCAUAAGGCUAUAUCAGCCUAGUAACACAUAGCUACUAGGUUAUAUACUGUAUAGCUAUAUAUAAUAUAUUUUGUGUGAAUUCAAUCAGCAAUCCUGUCAUAUAUAUGUAUAUAUAUGUUUAUAUAUGUAUACACACAUACAUAUAGAUAGAUAGAUAUAUCUUUGGUCGGGACAGAUGUUUAAUACAUUUGGCUAUGAUAGGUACACAUAGAAAGUCAGUACAGUACCCAAGCACAAGUAUAGCUAGUAAACAUGCGGUUAAGAUGAGCAGCAGCCAUACACGAGUCUCGCUGCUUGACUUGCUUUGUUGGGGAUUUGUGUUUGUCUGUUUGUGCGGCUACAGCGUGUGUGUGUGUGUGUGUGUGUGUGUGUGUGUGUGUGUCUUAGCAGUAGCAAGUCUUUGUAUUCACUCAGCACAAGCAGAUCUAAUUGACCAAGGCCAGUUCUACUAAAGCCCUAUCCGGACGGGACUAGUGUUCAUAGUUCAUAGCUGUGAUGUGACUAAAAUAAUGGACUGGCCUGUCAGUAUUUACCUCUCAAACGUACAUAAUGCUUCAGUAGGACAUGCAUCAGUGUCAAGCAAUGAUCGUCCCACAGGUCUGCUUCAGACUGACUGAUAACUCAGUGAUAGACCAACGUUGAAUUACUGAGACUCGUUCACAUUUGCAGAAGGGUUCAUGUGUUAGGCUGAGGUGAAUUUUCUGGGUUUUUGCUAAAGUCCAAAUGCAAAGGUGUUUUUUUUUUCUUUUGGCCAAAACAGUGUUUUCUCGCCUGGUCUUCGAGCGCUCAGCUUGCGUCAUUCAUCAUGGCAACAUUUAAUAUCACUAUCAUAUAUGUGUAAUUUAAUUUCUCUCUGUUUAAAAAUUCUCCCUUAGGCAAAGAGGUCAUUCUCUCCCUUUAGAGAGUGUACAUACAAGACAACAAUAACAGGUGAUAGAAACAUGCAAUGUUUUGCGUUCUCUCUCAAAAAAUGCACAGAAGAUGUGAAAAAAAACCCAAUACUGACUUGUAAAGGUCAAUACUGACUUGUAAAGGCUCUUUCUGUAAUGUCUAAUCAAUGUUCUCAUCUGCCUCAGUAAAACAGUACCAUUGAGUCUUCAUUUAGGGGCUCUUCUCAGUGGCAUAUCAAUAUAAUGAAUUCUACUCAAGUCAGUCAAUUGACUGCUUUAGAAAACAGAAAUAGAGUAUUUUUGUCCGUUGGAUGGUGUUGUGGGAUACUGUGUGUGUUAAAGUGCGUUGAAGUUGCCUUGAUUUCUUUAUUUGACAGCCUAACCUGGCACCAUGUCAUGCGUCUGUAUCUGUUUAGACUUGAAUGUGAGUGUAUAUAUACUGUACAUGAUCUCAUACAUUGAGCAGCUUUAGUAAAUAUGAGUCAAACAGACAGUGGAAAAAGUGCUGAAAUGAAAAUGCUGUUUAUCUUUUUGGUCUUAACCACCAUAGUACAAUGCAUCGCUGGAGAAAGUAAUGGUGCGUAAAUCCCACAAAUUUAACCUUCAAUUAAACUUAAAUCACUGAAUGAAAAACAUAUUCUUAAAAAAAAAUUCCUUUUUUAUUCUAUAAUUUUACUUCAAUUAAAUGUUGGAUUCUCACACAUAUACUGUAUGAAAAACUAAGAGGAUAAACAGCACAUUUUCUCGUAUUUACCAAGGGUGUCAGUAUUAGUGUGUGUGUGUGAGAGAGAGAGAGAGAGAGAGAGAAAGUGUGUGUGUUAGAAUGUGUGUGAUAUUUCCAGUGCAGCUGUGUGUGAAGGAAGUAUCAUUUGUGUGACCUAUAAAUUAUUUCUUGUAUUUAUGUAUUUACCUAUUUAUCUGUUGUUGUAAAAAGUAUAUUUUUGUGUGGUAGAUGUAUAUAUAUGUCUGCUAUAUCUAGCAUAGCUGCUUCAGAACACAAGAUCAGAAGUUUAAUUUUUAAACCAGUUCUGGAGGAAAUAUUUAUUUAUUUAAUAAUGUGAUGAAUAUGUCAGCUAUAGGAAUUAAAUGACAUUG